AUGGUAGAUAUUUCAGUCGAUCAAUUACUUGGUAAAAAACAUCAAGAUAGCGGUUUAUCAGCAUGUCCUUUAGCAUCAACAAGUAAAGUUUAUAUUCAAAAACAAGAUAAUUUAGAAACAAGUUUAAAGGUAUCACCAGAUCCAGAAUCACAACAAUCCAAUCAACAAUAUUUAGUUUACGAUCUUAAAAAAUACAAAGAAUCAUUGAAACUAAAAUUAAAUUGGUACAGAAAUUUCGAUAGAUCAAAUAAUAAUAAUAAAAAUAAUAAUAAUAAAAAUAAUAAUAAUAAAAAUUAA